AGGAAUUCUUUAUUGGCCAAGUGUGAUUGGACACACAAAGAAUUUGUCUUGGUGCAUAUGCUUCUCUGUGUACAUAAAAGAAAAGAUACAUUCAUCAAGAAUCAUAAGGUACAACACUUAAUGAUAGUCAUAGGAAAACAGUCAAUAUAAAUCGUAAGGAUACCAGCAACAAGGUUACAGUCAUACAGUCAUAAGUGGAGGAGAUGGGUGGUGGGAACAAUGAGAAGAUUAAUAGUAAUGCAGACUUAAUAAAUAGUUUGACAUUUACUAAGGGAAUUGUUGAGGGAAUUAUUAGUUUAGCAGAGGGAUGGCGUUCGGGGAAAAACUGUUCUUGUGUCUAUGGGGCUCCUGUGACGGCUGUGACCUCUGGGGAGGAAGGGGAAUGUUUUCCCAGGAGCAGCCUUGAUAGACACGUCUUCAGUGGGAGGCUCAGCCAUUGCCAUUCGCAUGUGGAGCAAAUGGGAGGAACCUCCGGAUGGGGCCACAUGACAGUGCUUCAUGACAGUGCAAGGGGUGUGUGUGUGUGUGUGUGUGUGUGUGUGUGUGUGUGCGCACACACUUCAGCUUGGAAAAUCCCUUGUCUUGUCCAUUCCCUUAUUCCUCUUCUGAAUGCAGGCAUCAGGCCCAUAGUGGAGACUCAUCAUCAUUCCUCCUCAGAAGGAGAUCAAAGGCUAUGUGUGGGGACGCACCUCCCACCCAGGAGUCAGCCGAGACGGUUCUCCAGAGACACCAGGCGGCUGCCGUGUGCCGGAAUCUCCACCUGGCUCCAUCUGCACAGUCUUUUUUUGGCUCUCUCCUCGCCCCCACCCUCAGGACUUUGACUCCCCCCACCCAGGGGUGACAGCCGCAGAGGAACAGCCAGAGCCCCGAGGAAGACACCGGGUGCCCACGCAGGAGACUGGCCAAGGUGCUUUCCAGAGAAGGGCCAGGAUUGAUCACGCGUGGCCUCCUCCCAUCUCCAAUGUUCUGGAAAGAGGCAGGUGCUGGGGAGGCCUUCCUUGAAAUUGGGCUCUUUCCUGGAGGCCAGGACCAGUGAGGGUGAGCAGCUUCCCUCCAAGGCUGAAUGGAUUGGAGUGAGGGAUCCCCUUGCUUGCCAAGGCUGCCACAGCUAUGCCUCCCGGGCAGAGGCUUCCUCCUAAAAAUGCUCUUCCUCCUCCUGUUCUGUAGAUACGUGCAAGCCCGCUGCAGGAUCCUGCGCUGCAACUCAGAGUAUGUGGCUUCCACACUCCCCCUGCGGGCUCCUGGUAGGAGGGCAGCCCACUGCCUGGCCCUGCGUGCCUACGCCCGCUGCACCCGCCACACAGCCCGCACCUGCCGCGGGGACCUGGCCUUCCACCUGGCCGUCCACGGCAUCGAGGACCUCAUGACCCAGCACAACUGCUCCAAGGAGGGGCCCAGCCCAGCACCCCGCCCCCCCCGGCCCCCUGGAUCUGGGUCCCCAGACCUCUGCAACUAUGAGAAGGCCUUUGCCCACAAGCGCGGCCAGCCCCCCACCUACCAGCACUGCGCUACCUUCGGGGACCCCCACAUCCGGACCUUUGGGGACGACUUCCACACCUGCCGUGCGGAGGGCUCCUGGCCGCUGCUGGACAACCACUACCUGUUUGCUCAAGCCACCAACUCCCCCGUGGCCAAAGGAUCGAACGCCACGGCCACGAGCAAGAUCACCAUCAUCUUCAAGAACAUGAAGGAGUGCAUUGACCAGAAAGUCUACCAGGCCGAGGCAGACAACCUCCCGGCAGCUUUUGUGGAUGGCUCGGUGAAUGGGGGGGAGCGACCUGGAGGGGACAGCCUCAGCAUCCUUGAACGGGCUCCUGGGCAGCACGUGGAGAUUCGGGCGGCCUACAUCGGCACCACCAUUGCGGUCCGCCGGGCAGGGAAGCAGCUGUCCUUCUCCAUCCGUGUGGCCAAGGAGGUGGCUGGCUCCUUCACUGAGGAGCAGGACCUGCAGCUGUGCGUGGGCGGAUGCCCUCCCAGCCAGCGCAUCUCCCGGCACCACGGCUGCUGUGGCCACAGCACCAUCGCUGCCGAGAAAGCCCGCCGGCUGUGCAAGGAGAAUCUGCCAGUGGAGGACGUCUACUUUCACUCGUGUGUCUUCGAUGUGGUGGCUUCAGGGGACAGCAACUUCACCCUCAUGGCUCGUGGCGCCUUGGAGGAUGCCAAGCUCUUCCAUCCAGAUGCCAAGAAGCUUCACCUCUUCCAGCGUGAUGCUGCCCGCCAGGUCGCUACCAGCUCUUUCCUCUGCCUCACCCUGGCCACGAUUUUGGUAUUUGCAUGGGAGGUUUAACUCUGCCAACGUUGGCAGCAUCCACAGUGUCUUCCUCCUGAGGCACCAGAUACCAAGGCGGGAGGAGGCCUCCGUGAGGGUCUCAGAGACCCUGGCCGGCCUGGCAGCCUCCCUGGACAGAGCCUGAACCUGCCGUUCAGAGCAGUCCCGCUGGGCAAUUUCUGCAGCAGCUGAGACUGCUGGGGGGCCGGUCAUAUCCGUGGGUUUUUUUUUAAGAAAAUGCUUCAUAUAUGAAGUGGGAGUCUUUGAAGGGCUUGAAGCAGCAUCUCUUGUCUGCUGCAAGUGUUUCUCCCUGGAGGCAGCGAGAGGAAGCCUGGAGAGGUGGACCUUCUUCUUUCCCCCAAGCCCUCUCUGGAUGGGGGGCAGCAUUGGAAAACCGGUCCAGCUUCAGGCUUCCUUCAGUCACAAGGCAGCCCCACGGGCAGUUUGCUCCAGGUGGGGUAGGGGGGCGGGCGGAGAGUGCCCUGAGCACCCUUUUCUCCCUUUGAGAACAAAGGACUGAAAUUCAACCGGGGCCUUUACCUGCAUGUGAGAACACAGCCAGUGAGACCAAGUCGCCCUGACCAACCUCUGGCCCACCAACACUCUGGCCUGCUCAGCUUUUCCUCCUGAGCGGCUUUUCCGUUCUCACGCUGGAGAGCUCGGUUCAUGUGCCACCCAUGCUCAGAAUCUAUUUCUGCAGACAACCCCCGCCCCCCGCAACCUACCCCCUGUUAUUUGUUUCUCGUGCUGCUUUGCUGCUUCUCAACAGGUGAAGCUCAAAAUAACGGAGCAGCCUUCCCCCGGCAUUGCAAAGACCAAGCUUGGGGGGGUUGGGGGGGUGCACGCGCGCACACGGGGACUGUGGGAGUCACACUGAUCCUGCCCUCCCAUUCCCUGGCUGGGGCAGGACUGUUGCGCCCCCUUGUGGCAUCUGGCUGCAUCUGGCUGAGAAGCUGCAUCUGGCUGGAAGGGCAAGUUCAGUGGAAGCUGGGGAGAGAGCAGGCUGAGGAACUUCAGAGUUCCUCCCCCUGCCCAAGAAUAUACAGGUCCCCCCCCACCUCCCAUCUGGCUCCUGGGAAGGGGCUUCUUGGAGUCAUCCAACACUAAUAUUUGCUACUGGGAUUUUGCUCAAGCCCCAGUUUCCUCUCUGCUUUGGGUCCAAAUUGUGAGAAGGAAGGCCGUUCGCUCACUCAGUUCCCACCUUUGGGGGCGAGUAUGGAUGCCAUCAAAUUACUGAAGGAAGGGGCAUCCUUGCCAAGGAGAGUUGGCAUUUCCUCCAGCACCACAUCCAGUCUUCUGUCAGCUGCAAUUCCUGCAUUGAAUGGUGGGAUGGGAUGUCUUCGUUUUGGUUUUGAGUUCUGUAGAAACUGGACGAUGCACAGAAUAAUGUCCCUUCGGAAGAUGGAUGUUUGUAUGUAUCUGACUGUGGUCUGAGAAAGCAGAGUCAAAUCAUGGUCUGGGAUUGCCUGAGUAAACAACCUUGGCAGAGUUACUAAUAUGUCUAAAGAAAAUAAAUCCAGAUAUUUAUGCGUUA